AUGGCGCGCUCCACGCAAAGAGAAGCGAUCGAAGCGACCAUACAGGCUAUCCUCGGGGAUGCUCCUAAGUCCAGUCUGCUCUUUGGUGCCCCCGUCAGUCUCUAUCUGCUCAGUUCCCUAGUGCUCGCUGAUAUGCACCAGGCAAUAUCAAUGCGACAAAUAGAGGCGAAUGUAGAGCCAACGGCCGGCCUCUCCGCUGCGGACGUGCUUCCAGCAGCCGUGCAGGUGUCUCUCCGGAUCUUCGGGAAUGCAAAGCAGGUCCAGCUGAAGAAACUGGUGAGGAGUGGGAAGGAAGAGGAGUGGAUUGUGUUCCGGCCUUCUCUUACUGGAGGACCGUCCGCGACAAGCACAGAACUAUUCAAGCCCGAUGAUAAGACAGGUCUCGACCGUGCAGCCCGCGGCGGAACGGGACCUGCAGAAAGCGCAAGCGACACGCAGAUCGUCCGGCAAGUAGAGCUGGAGCCAAUGCCGGAGAAGCCAAAACUGAGCACCAAAAGUAGCUUCUUCCGCCCAUUCAUGCGGUCCAAGCCCUCCGAUGAUGUGAUUCCUGCCGUGGCCGCUCCGGCGACAUUCGCAGAACCGGAGAUGAACAUCGCUCUUCCACCGGCCCACCGCAUCGGAGCCGGGAAUUUUGGAGACCUUUGGAUGCCUAUCGCUGCUCCAGCAGCUGCGGAUCUACCCACGCCAGGACAAGAAGAGGCAACUCCGCCGGCAAGCGAAGUCGCGGGGGAUCACCGACCCACCCCUCCCACGCUGAAGCUGCCCUCUAUACCCUCAAGAAAACAACCUCCCGUUCCGUCCAAAAGGAUAGUGAAAGAACCACACCUCUCGCACAAAGCCCUGCUGGUUCCUGAGAGACCAGCUCAGGUGACUGUCAAGUCAAGACCGCACGUUCCCAGUACAGAGCAGUCUGAUCUAGCGCGACCACCACUUCAGACUAUGAUUCAACCUGUCAAUAUCGAGCUUCGCCAUAAACCCCCCGCAGUCGCCGCUCAAUCCACAUCUCUCUUUCCCGAUAUAGAGCGGUCUGACAUGCGGCUGCCAGAUCAGAUCUUCCAUCCUGUCAAUGUCGACCUACAUCCUUCUUCCUCUUCCCGCCCCACCUCUGACCCUAUCGCCAGUGCCGAAGAACAGGACUCCUCUCUCCCGUACCUGCGGGAGAACCCCAGACUUGACCUCGCUCGGACUGAGGGGCCAGUACGCCAGAGCUUUGACCGAAAGAGCCUGACUAUCAUCGCACCGACAGCCAAUACCCCCACAAAGCUCGUGGCGCAGCCCGGAGAGAAGGACCCUUCCCUCCGCGUCCGCUCAGGAGACUCCUCGGAGCCGAUCGGGCAGAGUGAUCAGGACAUCAAAGCACCUCAACUUGAAGUAACCAUCUCAUCUACUUCCAGCCCCACUCCUACCCUAUCUAGCCCUCUAUACUCGCCUAUGACCCCUCUCUCAUCCAUCAUCUCCUCCCCCACCUCCGCAACGCUCCCGGACUACCUUGACCACUCCCGCAAAAGUGAUCCAGCCGCCUUGCCCACGACCUGGCUGAGUGUCGCCUUCCAAGAUCUUCCGUUCGGACCUGACGUGCCUGCACGGAAGUUGCCGCCCUCCAGCGAUGCCUCGCGGCGUGAUAUCGGCGUUACAGGUGAGACAAGCAAGCCAGGGGCUGGUCAAGGCACGAGAAUUUCCGCCAGCCAUGCAGUCAACACCCGCCUAUAUGUAACCCAUGCCAGCCUCUAUCUUCCCUUCUCCUACCUAGCUCCACAACCGAUCAUCCAGAUAUACCAAUCCACUCGAUCACCUCCCACCGCACUACCAGAGCCCACAAGCAUCAUGCCAAACCCCCUCCCGGACCCCAUCACCAUGACGCACGACGCCAUCUGCCUCGCCACGCACAUGUUCCUCGGCUGGGCCUUUGGCGUCCGCUGGAACUCCAUCUCCCGGUGGUUCUGGGUCGGCUCCGUCAAGCUCCUCACCGCCGCCCUCAUGCUCUAUGUCCUGCACCGUACCUUCCGCGCUCUUAAACGCAAGAUCCCCUCCACGAUCCUCGCCGCUCGAAAGGCCGCCGCGUACUACUGUCCUUACCUCCUCGGCUGGCUCGCUCCGCCCAUGGAAGACACCGAUAUCCCAGGAGUUGUAUACAUGUGUCAGCGGGAGAAGAGGCUGGUACUGAAGGUCAAUGGGUGGGAUGAGGUGUAUCUGGAUCAAGUUAUGAAGAUGCCUGCCGACGACAUGCACGAUCCCUUCUUCUACCAAGACGAUGCCGGCCCCUUCCACUGCACUCCCAUCCUGACCGACGUCCCUACCCCCGCUCGUGACCAGACCUGGGCUAGGCGCCUCCCUCCCUUCGCAGUCCGCUCCGUCCCCGUCAACACCAAUGACAAGCUGGACACCAAGCCCAACAACCGCACUCCCACCCGCAACAGCGGCUUCGUCGACCUCGCCGUCCUCGUCGGAGACAAUGCCGAGUACACCAUCAACACCCGGAUGUCCACGUACCGUCGGUCCCAGGUCGCCAAGGGCCAAGCCAAGAUCAUCGUCCCCGCCCCUCCUCAGGACACCGCCUUCACUCGCUUCGUCCCUACCUUCCUCCGCCCCGUCCUCCGCUUCUUUGGUGUCGGCACCGCUGCGCCGGAAGCCGCUGGUGGCGGUAAGGCCGGCUCGGCGAACGACUCGGGUGACGAGUCGGCGGGUAGCCCAGACUCGCCGACGACGUCGUUCGAGCUCAUGACUCCAGGGUCGUUGUCCGCCGAGAUGUCCCCUCUUGUCAAGGCCAAGCGCUUGGAGGACGAGGGCAAAGGCGUCGCCGAUGAUGGCGAGGGCGACAUGGACGUCGAGGAGGACGUCGGGGUCUAG